AUGAAGGAGGACAUACAGUUAUCCGCCGAGAUGGUUUUUGGUACUACAAUAAGACUACUAAAUGAAUUUUUUUCGACAUCAAAAAUUCAAACUGACCCGAUGUCGUUCAUCACGCAGCUAAAAAAUGUGAUGAAUUGCUUACGGCCCGUCCCCACGUCCAACCAAACAAAAAAGAGAGUUUUCGUACACAAAUCGCUUCCAUUGUGUAAAAAAGUUUUUGUACUCGUUGACCGAGUGAAGUCUCCACUCGAAAGGCCUUACGACAGGCCGUACGAAGUAAUAUCGAGAGCUGAAAAAAAUUAUGUUAUACGCAUAAAAGGAAAAACAGUCAACAUUACAAUCGAUAGAUUGAAACCGUGUUUCGAGACAGUUCCAGAGGAUGAGUUGAUCAGUAAAGAGAGAGAGAAGGUCCCAAUCAAACAACAUCAACACGUUCCGACACCAAAUACGUCGACCGAGGCACAGGCUACCUCCACCCACACCGGGUCAGGACGAGCGAUCAGGUUUCGGUAA